CCGCCCAAAGGCCUCCGGCCGGGAAGCGCCACCGCCUGUGUUCGACUCGGCUGGGGAAGAGGCUGCAGGGCCCUUGGCUCCAUGGCGCUGCCAGGUGGAAAUAAGGAUAAUAUCAGGGCAGGAUGCAAGAAGUGUGGCUAUCCUGGUCAUCUGACAUUUGAAUGCAGAAACUUUCUUCGGGUGGACCCCAAAAGAGACAUUGUUUUAGACGUUAGCAGUACGAGCAGUGAAGACAGCGAGGAAGAGGAGCUGGGGAAACUGCAGGCCUUACCAGAGAAAAAGAAUACAAGUCAGGAGGAGGAAAAGAAGAAUCUAAAAAGAAUAAGCAAAGAAAAAUCCAAAUCAAAGAAAUUAAGGAAAAGAUCUUAUUCAUCAAGUGUCACUGAAGAAGAAGAUCCAAAACCAAAAAAACAGAAAUCCCACAAAAAAGAAAGGAAAAAGGAGAAAAAGAGUAAAUCUAAGAAAGGAAAACAUCACAAAAAAGAAAAAAAGAAGAGAAAAAAAGAAAAACAAUCAUCAUCUGAUAGUUCAGACUCCUCUAGUAGCGACUGAGGAGUUAAAGCUGAAUGCACUCAUUACCCUGAAAGAUUAGGAUUGCUUACCUUUCAGAUCUAUCCUAUGUGUGCUUUACAAUACUGUCAGGUUAAAAAAAUUUAUCUAUAUAUUUUAAAAGUACAUUUAUUUACAAAUAUCCACACCUUAGAUUAUUAAAACGAAAUAUUUGGGGGUGGGAGGGAAAUCUACAUGUUGUUUUUUGCGAUUAAUGGUGUUUCACUAUUUCCAUUCUAUGCAAGUUGGACCAAGAAAAUAGACUAGUUGUUUAAACUUUUGUGGUUAGUUCAUUUCUAGUCAGUUUUUGAUUGUUAGCUCCCAUGCAUGACCAGAAUAUUCAGAUUGCUAACACGUGCAGGGAAAGAUUUGAACUAAUUAAAAUGUGCUUUCCACGGGAAUUUUUAACAAAAUUUGUUGAAACAUUUUUAUUAAUUUUAAGUUUUCUAAAAUCUUGAUUUUUAUUAAAAUAAAAACCUACAUGUUUGACAUAAUUCCAUAUCAGCCACCACUUAAAAGCAAUAAAUAGAGACAUUGAUGAAUAAAAAUAAGGACAUUGAGCUAGAAGAAAGGUUGAGGGUUUUUUUGUUUGUUUGUUUUGUUUUUUUGAAGGGACAGAGUAAGGGAAGAAAUAGUAAAUAUUUGCUACAAAUAAGAACA